AUGAUAGGAAUUACAUAUGCAUCUGAUUCUCGAAAAAUUUGGGAAAGCUUAAAGGAAAAGUUUGACAAGAAAAAUAGUGUAAGAACUUUCUAUCUGCACAAGGAGAUAGCCUUCCUCACUCAAGGAAGCAAUACUGUGUCAUUUUAUUUCUCCAGACUUAGUGAUCUUUGGGAUGAAUUUGAUGCCUUGAUUCCUCCUCCAACAUGCAAUUGCGAGACCUCAAGAGUAUUCACUAAACAUAAACAAAAGCACAGGAUUUUUCAACUUUUUACAGGAUUGAAUGACUCUUAUUCUAGAGCUAAGAGUCAAAUUCUCAUGAUGCAACCAUUACCUAGCUUGAAUCAAAUCUAUGCCCUAGUCAUGCAAAAAGAGAGUCAGAGAUCACUCACUAAUGUGAUGUUAGAUUUGGAGAUCGAUGAGACUACUGCCUUGAUGACAAACAAGCCAGCACCUAAUUACAGACCUAAGAGAUCAUAUUUGUAUUGUGAUUUUUGUAAGAAUCCAGGUCAUACUAGAGCAGUAUGUAGGAGAUUGCUAGGUCAGACAAAUGAGAGGAAUUUCCAGUACAACAAAGGUCAUCAACAUGAGAGGGGUGACUAUCAUUGUGAUAGAGUUUCACAUUAUAACAGGUCAAAGACAAAGCCUCAAUAUCAUCCAAAGCCUGCGGACCUUUGCAGUGACAAGGUAUUAGGGAUUGGUAGAGAUUUAGGGGGUAGAGAUUUAAGGGGACUCUAUCUGAUUGGUAUAGCUCAACUUCUAAACUCUCCUCUUUCAGUCUCUAAUAAAGUACAUCAUUCUACAACAACUCUUUCUACUGUCAAGGACAAUGCUACACUGAAUACUUGGCAUAGAAGACUUGGACACAUGCCCAUUGCAGCUAUACAGAAGAUGAAAAAGAUUAAAACUCAAUAUGCUUCUAUUGUUAAGACUCUUAGAACUGCCAAUGGCUCAGAAUUCAAUAAUCCAAUUGUUCAUGAGGUUCUUAUUGCACAAGGGACCAUUCACCAAACUACAUGUGUUCAUACACCACAACAGAAUAGGGUGGUAGAAGGGAGGCAUAGAUAUAUCCUAGAAAUAGUUAGGGCCUUAAGGAUUCCAUUAUCUGUACUAGGCCACAAAUCCCCAUUUGAGAUAUUUUUCAAGACUUCACCAUCACUUGAUCAUCUUAAAGCCCUUGGUUGCCUUGCAUAUGCAGUUAAUGUCCAGAAAAGAGAAAAAAUUACAGCUAGGGCCUUACCUGUUGUAUUUAUGGGAUAUUCAGGUAGGGCCUAUCCUAAGAACCUACCUACUAUUGAGCCUACAACUGAUAUUCCAUCUCCUCCACAUAGUCAAUUACCUAAUAUUGAGCCUCCAACUAUUGUUCAACCUCCUACUUCUGUUCUACAACUACUGAGAUAG